AUGACGGCAAUCAACCAUACGGGUAAAUCUAAGGAGGAGAUCGACAUCCGAACGACGACGAGAGAACAGCCUGGGGAUGUCGACGCCCAGAGCUUGGAGGAAAGAAAUGAGAGAGAGGUGCACGAACACCCCGAUGAAAUUACCCACAAUGCCCAGAUCGGAGUCCAAAAGGCCGAGGCUAUAGCUCUGGUCUGGUCCAAAACCGCCUUAUAUGCUACAUAUGCCUGGAUCUGGCUAUGUUUCUUCGUUCUGUCUAUGCAAUCAUCAAUCAGCAACAACAUGAUCUACUACGCCUACGCAAAUUUCGCUUCAGCACCUCAGAUAUCUCAGGCUUUUAUUGUGUCCACAAUCGUUGGAGGAGUUCUUCAACUUCCUAUCGCAAAGACUCUCAAUAUAUGGGGUCGCGCGGAGGGCUUCCUGACAUUCUUGGCGGUCUUCAUCAUUGGUCUCAUUGUGAUCGCCUCAUGCAAUGGUCCUAAUGGGUUUGCAGCCGGAUACACCUUGUACUGGAUCGGCUUUACGGCCUUGAAUUUUAUUCUCACAGUAUUUGUCGCCGACGCAUCCGGGCUACGGAAUCGAGCUUUUGUCUACGCGUUUAUCGGUACGCCCACGAUCUGUACAGCCUUUGUUGGGCCCCUCAUUGCCCAAGCAUUUGUGGCCCAUUCUAGCUGGCGCUGGGCUUAUGGCUGUUUUGCUAUCAUCACCCUUCUCGCCUUUGUGCCGCUUGCACUCGUGUUCAAGGCCUACCAACGCAAAGCUGAGAAAUUGAAUCUUUUCAUUCGGGUUGUGAGUGAUCGAACGACCGCCCAAUCGUUCCUUCAUUACAUUCAGGAGUUUGAUAUCGUUGGCGCUUUCAUUCUCAUGGCGGCCUUUAUUCUAUUUCUCCUACCAUUUAGCCUUGAAACUUAUGGCUUUGGUGGAUAUUCCUCGGCGAUGUUUAUCGCUAUGGUUGUCAUUGGACUCCUACUCUUCCCAGUCUUUGCUAUUUGGGAGCGGUACUUGGCUAGGACUCCUUUCAUAAAGUGGGAGUUGUUUAAAAAGCGCACAGUUCUUGGAGCUUGUAUCCUGUCAGCUGUGAUUUUCUUCAACUACUACGCCUGGGAUCAGUACUUUUACUACUAUGUGCAAGUUGUCUACAACCUUGACACAUCAAAGACUGGGUAUAUGACACAAAUCUAUGGUGUUGGCUCGACAAUCUGGGCAGUUUUAUUCGGUAUUUGGAUUCGCAAAACUAAACACUUCAAGAAUGUGUGUCUCUACUUCGGUGCGCCCAUGUUGCUACUUGGCGCUGGUCUUAUGAUUCACUUCCGAGGCUCCCAGAGUGACAUCGGAUACUUGGUGAUGAGCCAAAUUUUCAUUGCCGUCGGCGGUGGCACUCUUGUCAUCGGUGAUGAGAUGGCUGUUAUGGCUGCCGCUGACCGUGACGGCGUGCCAUUGAUGCUUGCAAUGAUCAGCUUGUCAUCUAGCGUUGGCGGAGCUAUUGGAUAUGCUGUUGCAGGUGCUAUCUAUUCAAAUACCUUCCCUCAGGCAUUACUCAGGGCCCUUCCUCAAUCGGCCAAACCUGAUUACACGACUAUUUACGCCGGCGGCUCAGCCGCCCAGCUCUUGUACCCCCCAGGCAGUGAGACAAGAAACGCAAUCAACUACGCAUGGGCAUACAGCCAGAAGUAUGAGUGCAUUACGGCAGCCUGUCUUGUUAUCCUUGCUUUUCCAGCGAUUGCUAUGUGGAAAAAUUACAAUGUCGACAGGAAGCAAGUGAAAGGCACGGUCAUCUAA